AAAUAAUAGCAUUUAAAUAAGCGGCUGCUGAUUUGAAGUCCACCUGGGGAGUCCGAGUUCUAGGACCGGUCCUUGGCCCUGCCACACGCCAAUACAACCAUCAAAGUCAAAAUCCCUUAACUCAAAUUUAAAUACAUUCCUAAAGCAGAAAGCAUCCCGAUAGGAAAAUCCUACAGCUCACAGCAAGCAGCAGGGAAACAUUUAUCUCUGGCGGCACAGAUUUAAGCUUAAAAGAUUUGGUAUCGUUUAAAAAAAAAAAAAAGCUGGGUGGGGCCGAGGAGAAUCCACCCAAACUUUCCUCAGGAAGUAGGAUGUUUACUGAGUAAAUAUGCGGUAGUCACAGAAACACCUGCUACUCCUUUAAGACCUCAGGAGCCACCACCGCCACCUCCUGGCCACAUCCGGGCACUUCUCUGCAAACUCCUGACGUCCCGACGCCCGAGCCGUUGGGCUUAUUUGAAACACACGCACAACCAAUCAAGCGGCGCCUGCCGGGAGGUGGAGAGCGCUGACCAAUCACCGCCCCUCUGGAGACUCCUGCCUAUGGGAAAGAGGUUGACAUCACGCGCCAAUCGGCAUGGCUCUUAGAGAAAGCAGCUUAGUUUUUGAAUCGGUUGUGGCGGCCGCAGGCAAGGAAUGGCGGUAUUUGUGAGAGGAGUCGGCGUUUGAAGAGGUGGAACUCCUAGGGCUUUUUUGAGAGUGCUGAUUUAGAAGAAUACAAAUCAUGGCUGAAAAUAGUGUAUUAACAUCCACUACUGGGAGGACUAGCUUGGCAGACUCUUCCAUUUUUGAUUCUAAAGUUACUGAGAUUUCUAAGGAAAACUUACUUAUUGGAUCUACUUCAUAUGUAGAAGAAGAGAUGCCUCAGAUUGAAACAAGAGUGAUAUUGGUUCAAGAAGCUGGAAAACAAGAAGAACUUAUAAAAGCCUUAAAGGACAUUAAAGUGGGCUUUGUAAAGAUGGAGUCAGUGGAAGAAUUUGAAGGUUUGGAUUCUCCGGAAUUUGAAAAUGUAUUUGUAGUCACGGACUUUCAGGAUUCUGUCUUUAAUGACCUCUACAAGGCUGAUUGUAGAGUUAUUGGACCACCAGUUGUAUUAAAUUGUUCACAAAAAGGAGAGCCUUUGCCAUUUUCAUGUCGCCCGUUGUAUUGUACAAGUAUGAUGAAUCUAGUACUGUGCUUUACUGGAUUUAGGAAAAAAGAAGAACUAGUCAGGUUGGUGACAUUGGUCCAUCACAUGGGUGGAGUUAUUCGAAAAGACUUUAAUUCAAAAGUUACACAUUUGGUGGCAAAUUGUACACAAGGAGAAAAAUUCAGGGUUGCUGUGAGUCUAGGUACUCCAAUUAUGAAGCCAGAAUGGAUUUAUAAAGCUUGGGAAAGGCGGAAUGAACAGGAUUUCUAUGCAGCAGUUGAUGACUUUAGAAAUGAAUUUAAAGUUCCUCCAUUUCAAGAUUGUAUUUUAAGUUUCCUGGGAUUUUCAGAUGAAGAGAAAACCAAUAUGGAAGAAAUGACUGAAAUGCAAGGAGGUAAAUAUUUACCGCUUGGAGAUGAAAGAUGCACUCACCUUGUAGUUGAAGAGAAUAUAGUAAAAGAUCUUCCCUUUGAACCUUCAAAGAAACUUUAUGUUGUCAAGCAAGAGUGGUUCUGGGGAAGCAUUCAAAUGGAUGCCCGAGCUGGAGAAACUAUGUAUUUAUAUGAAAAGGCAAAUACUCCUGAGCUCAAGAAAUCAGUGUCAAUGCUUUCUCUAAAUACCCCUAACAGCAAUCGCAAACGACGUCGUUUAAAAGAAACACUUGCUCAGCUUUCAAGAGAGACAGACGUGUCACCAUUUCCUCCCCGUAAGCGCCCAUCAGCUGAGCAUUCCCUUUCCAUAGGGUCACUCCUAGAUAUCUCCAACACACCAGAGUCUAGCAUUAACUAUGGAGACACCCCAAAGUCUUGUACUAAGUCUUCUAAAAGCUCCACUCCAGUUCCUUCAAAGCAGUCAGCAAGGUGGCAAGUUGCAAAAGAGCUUUAUCAAACUGAAAGUAAUUAUGUUAAUAUAUUGGCAACAAUUAUUCAGUUAUUUCAAGUACCAUUGGAAGAGGAAGGACAACGUGGUGGACCUAUCCUUGCACCAGAGGAGAUUAAGACUAUUUUUGGUAGCAUCCCAGAUAUCUUUGAUGUACACACUAAGAUAAAGGAUGAUCUUGAAGACCUUAUAGUUAAUUGGGAUGAGAGCAAAAGCAUUGGUGACAUUUUUCUGAAAUAUUCAAAAGAUUUGGUAAAAACCUACCCUCCCUUCGUAAACUUCUUUGAAAUGAGCAAGGAAACAAUUAUUAAAUGUGAAAAACAGAAACCAAGAUUUCAUGCUUUUCUCAAGAUAAACCAAGCAAAACCAGAAUGUGGACGGCAGAGCCUUGUUGAACUUCUUAUCCGACCAGUACAGAGGUUACCCAGUGUUGCAUUACUUUUAAAUGAUCUUAAGAAGCAUACAGCUGAUGAAAAUCCAGACAAAAGCACUUUAGAAAAAGCUAUUGGAUCACUGAAGGAAGUAAUGACGCAUAUUAAUGAGGAUAAGAGAAAAACAGAAGCUCAAAAGCAAAUUUUUGAUGUUGUUUAUGAAGUAGAUGGAUGCCCAGCUAAUCUUUUAUCUUCUCACCGAAGCUUAGUACAGCGGGUUGAAACAAUUUCUCUAGGUGAGCACCCCUGUGACAGAGGAGAACAAGUAACUCUCUUCCUCUUCAAUGAUUGCCUAGAGAUAGCAAGAAAACGGCACAAGGUUAUUGGCACUUUUAGGAGUCCUCAUGGCCAAACGCGACCCCCAGCUUCUCUUAAGCAUAUUCACCUAAUGCCUCUUUCUCAGAUUAAGAAGGUAUUGGACAUAAGAGAGACAGAAGAUUGCCGUAAUGCUUUUGCCUUGCUUGUGAGGCCACCAACAGAGCAGGCAAAUGUGCUACUCAGUUUCCAGAUGACAUCAGAUGAACUUCCAAAAGAAAACUGGCUAAAGAUGCUGUGUCGACAUGUAGCUAACACCAUUUGUAAAGCAGAUGCUGAGAAUCUUAUUUAUACUGCUGAUCCAGAAUCCUUUGAAGUAAAUACAAAAGAUAUGGACAGUACAUUGAGUAGAGCAUCAAGAGCAAUAAAAAAGACUUCAAAAAAGGUUACAAGAGCAUUCUCUUUCUCCAAAACUCCAAAAAGAGCUCUUCGAAGGGCUCUUAUGACAUCCCAUGGCUCAGUGGAGGGAAGAAGUCCUUCCAGCAAUGAUAAGCAUGUAAUGAGCCGUCUUUCUAGCACAUCAUCAUUAGCAGGUAUCCCUUCUCCCUCCCUUGUCAGCCUUCCUUCCUUCUUUGAAAGGAGAAGUCAUACGUUAAGUAGAUCUACAACUCAUUUGAUAUGAAGCGUUACCAAAAUCUUAAAUUAUAGAAAUAUAUAGACACCUCAUACUCAAAUAAGAAACUGACUUAAAUGGUACUUGUAAUUAGCACUUGGUGAAAGCUGGAAGGAAGAUAAAUAACACUAAACUAUGCUAUUUGAUUUUUCUUCUUGAAAGAGUAAGGUUUACCUGUUACAUUUUCAAGUUAAUUCAUGUAAAAAAUGAUAGUGAUUUUGAUGUAAUUUAUCUUCUUGUUUGAAUCUGUCAUUCAAAGGCCAAUAAUUUAAGUUGCUAUCAGCUGAUAUUAGUAGCUUUGCAACCCUGAUAGAGUAAAUAAAUUUUAUGGGCAGGUGCCAAAUACUGCUGUGAAUCUAUUUGUAUAGUAUCCAUGAAUGAAUUUAUGGAAAUAGAUAUUUGUGCAGCUCAAUUUGUGCAGAGAUUAAAUGACAUCAUAAUACUGGAUGAAAACUUGCAUAGAAUUCUGAUUAAAUAGUGGGUCUGUUUCACAUGUGCAGUUUGAAGUAUUUAAAUAACCACUCCUUUCACAGUUUAUUUUCUUCUCAAGCGUUUUCAAGAUCUAGCAUGUGGAUUUUAAAAGAUUUGCCCUCAUUAACAAGAAUAACAUUUAAAGGAGAUUGUUUCAAAAUAUUUUUGCAAAUUGAGAUAAGGACAGAAAGAUUGAGAAACAUUGUAUAUUUUGCAAAAACAAGAUGUUUGUAGCUGUUUCAGAGAGAGUACUGUAUAUUUAUGGUGAUUUUAUCCACUAGCAAAUCUUGAUUUAGUUUGAUAGUGUGUGGAAUUUUAUUGUGAAGGAUAAGACCAUGGGAAAAUUGUGGUAAAGACUGUUUGUACCCUUCAUGAAAUAAUUCUGAAGUUGCCAUCAGUUUUACUAAUCUGUGAAAUGCAUAGAUAUGCGCAUGUUCAACUUUUUAAUGUGGUCUUAUAAUUAAAUGUAAAAUUGAAAAUUCAUUUGCUGUUGCAAAGUGUGAUAUCUUUCACAGUAGCCUUUUUAUAGUCAGUAAUUCAGAAUAAUCAAGUUCAUAUGAAUAAAUGCAUUUUUAUUUCCUAUUUCUUUAGGGAGUACUACAAAUGUUUGUCACUUAAAUUUCAAGUUUCUGUUUUAAUAGUUAACUGACUAUAGAUUGUUUUCUAUGCCAUGUAUGUGCCACUUCUGAGAGUAGUAAAUGACUCUUUGCUACGUUUUAAAAGCAAUUGUAUUAGUAAGAACUUUGUAAAUAAAUACCUAAAACCCAAGUGUA